AUGGCGGCAACACGCUCCUCCCCUCGAACACCGUUGAAACAUAAAGGUGUUGGACAUUUGCCUACUGAAGGGUUGCCUGAUUACAUUGAUCUUUCACAUAAAGCAACUUGGGACAGUGUAUCAACCGAAAUUUUCUUAGAGUGUGUGCGGGAGCAAAUUUUAGCGGGACGUAGGCUAGGUACAACUAUCUCAGUUGCCGAGUAUAAGGAAAUUUCGGUGCAAUUUGCUCAGCUCACAGGCAGACGUCAUGACAUGAAACAAUUCAAGAACAAGUACCUUGCUUUGAAGAAAGAAUGGCAGGCUUGGAAUAAAUUGAUGGACACCAGUAAGGGUGUAACUAGGAUUAGGUUCGACAGGUCAACCAGGUUGUUCACCGCGUCAGACGAAUGGUGGGAAAAUUUGAAAUCGACAAACAAGCUAGCGUACAAAUUCAAGACAAAGCCAUUGGAACAUGAAGAUUUGAUGCGGGAAGUUUUCACAGGUGCAACCGCGACUGGGAAACAUCAUUGGACCCCCGGCGAGCAAGUUGUGGACAUUGCUGACAGUGAAUCCGAUUCUGCUGACUCACCUGGGUUGCAGCCAUUUGCUGCGGCAUAUGAACCGGUUGUGGACUCACCACCACCCUCCCCCAUUGUCCAGGUAGAUGAAGCGGAGCAAGGGUCAAAGCGCAAGAAAGGGGCGAGUUCAAGUGGAAAGUCAAAGAAGUCGUCCACUGGCGCAUCAGUGCUUGCAAACAGUUUCAACGAUCUCUCCGAGGCUGUUCGUUCACAGAAGCACCUUACGAUAAGGCAUGGAACUGGUGCGUCUCAGAAGUAUGGCAUUGAGGCAUGCAUGCAGAGGAUUAUGGCUAUACCCGACUUUCUCAGUACGCCUCUUUUUCACUUUGCCUGCAUUGCUUUGGAGAAUGCAGAUUACCGUGAGAUACUAAUGUGCAUGCCUGAUGAUGGGUUCAACACCGUUGAUAUGUGGAACGGUGAAUGUAGCAAUCUGUAUCGAAAUAAUGAUGAUUACAUAAUCAAAACAUUCAAGGAUCAAGAGGACCAACAGAAUGAUGUAGAAACGGUUUCUCGACAUUUUCAUGCAGUGUUGGAUGCAAUGAAGUUGUUCACUGAACAGCAUUGCAAGCCCACCAGAGCUCAAACUAGUAGGCAUCCCAAAUUGCGUUCAAGAGGCAAAUACAUAUCGUUCAAGAAUUGUAUAGGUGCGUUGGAUGGAACUCACGUAGAAGCUGUGUUGCCUGUCCGUGAUGCGGGCACAUAUUACGGCCAAAAAGGCUAUCUAACCCAAAAUAUACUAGCUGUGGCAGACUUCGACAUGUGCUUCAUUUUUAUUUCUUGCGGCUGGGAUGGAAGCAUGCAUGAUAGUCGCAUCUUUAAGGAAGUAAUUAAAAAUCAGCGUGCACCGUUUCCGCACCCACAAGAAGGUAAAUAUUACCUUGUGGAUGUGGGAUAUCCAAAUAAGAAAGGGUACCUGGCACCAUUCAAAGGGUCUCGGUAUCAUCAAGCACAAUUUCGAGAACAUGGACAACCCGACAACCCGAGAGAGAUGUUUAACGAAGCGCAUGCGUCACUGAGGAGUGUAGUGGAAAGGACUUUUGGAGUGUGGAAAUCUCAGUGGAAGUUCCUGCACAACAUGCCAGACUAUGAUUUUGCGAUGGUGCAAGUGCCGUUGGUCGGUGCAUCAAUGGCCUUACACAAUUUUAUUCGUAGACACGAGAUAGCUGCCUUGGGCAACGACAGACAUUACUUUGUUUCAUCAGCCCCGGAUGACAUACCCGACGUUCACACUGGCGGACAAAAUCUCGAUGAUGGGCUAAUGGUUAGGGAUACAGAUGUGGGUAUGGCAAGAGUUCGUGUUCGCAUACGCGACCAUUUGUUUUAUAUACGCAGGUUGGGACUAUUGUGA